AUGAAACUUGAAGACAAAACAUCAAGCAGUUAUGUCCACCGAAAGUUACAAGAGCUUCCUUUUGUCAAGAAGCUGAACACAAGCAAGCACAGAUCAUUAAAAGAAAACAUUUUGGCCGCUAUCAAUUCCAACAAGGCCUUGGAAAUAACAAGCAAGCAUAGAAAUAUUGAUAGAAAAGAUAUUGAUGCUGUUCAAGCCUUUAUCAAAACAGUACAAGCAAAAAUUCAAGACAAGACCUUCAUGCAUCUCAAAUACACUGACCCUCGAGGAUCAAGAUAUUUUUCUUUACUUCCCCUGUCCAAGAUUGAAUCCAAGAGUAUCCAGAUUAAUACUCAAUCUUUUUGGAGACUUGCCAAGCAAUGUGACAACAAGAUCAAACCAGUUCAAAAGGAUGAUAAUGACUUUACUUUAUGGUACUUUAAUGUCUUUGAUUUUUCAAAAAUAGGCUACAAGAUAUUUGAAAGCUUGACUUCACGUUCAAAGAAGUUUGCAAAUGUGAUCACUACUGAUGGUUAUGCUGUAUCCUUUAUGUUUAAAAAAACUGUCGCUAUCCAAGAUGAACCUAGAAGUGAACCAAAGACAUCCAAGGAUUUUGCUGAUAUCGUUGACGACGCAGAAAUUUGGGCUGUUGAUCUUGGUAUAUCAGCUACCUUUACUGCAGUAGGCUCUACAGAGCAUGAACGUAUCCGAACAACAAUAACAAGAAAUAUGGCACAUGAAGUACAAUUGGCGCUAAAAACCAAACCCCAAACAAAAGCAAACAUGUACCUCUACCUCCUGCUGAGCUCCCUUCCUCCUCUCAAUGGAAGCGGAUCAUUGCAUUUGGAAAUGGUUCUUUUGGUUCAAGUAUAA